GAUUAUCCUUCCCUGGCACUUCUUGGGGAGAAACUCACUGAAAACAACAUCCACCUGAUUUUUGCUGUUACAAAAAGUCAUUACGUCCUUUACAAGAACUUCACUGCCUUGAUUCCUGGGACAACAGUGGAGAUUCUGCACAAAGAUUCCAAGAAUAUCAUCGAGCUCAUCGUCAAGGCCUACAACAGUAUUCGGUCCAAGGUGGAGCUCACGGUCUGGGACAGCCCUGAGGACGUUGGCUUGACCUUCACUGCCACGUGCCAGGAUGGGUUGUCCUAUCCUGGGCUCAGGAAGUGCGGGGAUCUCAAAAUAGGAGAUACGGUUUCCUUCGAGGUGGCCGUGGAGGCGCGGAGCUGCCCCGCUGACCGCACCUCCCACGCUUUUACCAUCAAGCCUGCCGGCUUUCGGGACACUCUGGAGGUGACGGUGACCUACAACUGCACCAGCCGAGCUGCCCCAGCCAGCGGCAAGUGCAGCGGCAACGGGACGUACACCUGCGGGCUCUGCGAGUGCGACGCCGGCUACCUGGGGGCCAAGUGCGAGUGUGAGGAGGGUGCCAGCGGGGACAUGCACCAAGCCAUGUGCCGGGAGGCAGAGGGCAAACCCCUCUGCAGCGGGAGAGGGGAGUGCAGCUGCAACCAGUGCCUCUGCCACGAGAGCGAAUUCGGCAACAUCUACGGGCCCUUCUGCGAAUGCGACGACUUCUCCUGCGCCAGGUACAAGGGAGUCCUCUGCUCAG